AUGUUGUCCGCUUCAUCCGUCCUCGCCUGCGCUCUGGCCCUUUGUUCAUACACCAGUGCGAAGACUGUUUACUUCGCCAUUGAAGUCGCUUGGGGUCAAGUGGCGCCUGAUGGAUACAGUCGAGCUGGCAUUUUGGUGAAUGGCACUUCGCCAGGUCCAGCUUUGAUUGUCGAUCAGGAUGAUGACGUCCAGGUGUGUAUGAUAUUCCCGGCCAUGAAUUUUGCAUUAACCCUCUGGCAGUUCUAUGUUCGCAACAGGUUGAACAUGAACACUACUGUCCACUUCCAUGGUAUCGAACAGCUGAACACACCUUGGUCAGAUGGAGUGCCUGGUUUGUCGCAGAGGCCAAUACCAGUGGGGGGAGACUGGUUAUACCAAUGGAAGGCCACGGAGUAUGGCACGUACUGGUACCAUGCGCACUAUCAAUCUCAGAUUAGCGACGGAUUCUUUGGUGCCAUUCACAUUCGCACGCGAGCGAAUGAGCCAAGACCGUUCAGCGAGAUGCCCGGUAAUAAUCAUCAGCAGCAGAUUCUGGCUGCUGAAGCCAACCCGCAAUUCGUAAUCUUCUCCGACUGGCUGCACGUGACGUCCGACCAGCAUUUCGCUCUUCAGCAACGCAGUAACAUGAGUCUCUACUGCGUACAGAGCAUUCUCUUCAAUGGGCAAGGCCGUGUCAACUGCCUCACGCCAGAGCAGCAACUGGCGGCUCUGGCACCUUCAUUUCGAGCCUUGUACCAGCUGGCGAAUAUUUCUGCGCCCCUGCCGAAUGGCUGUCUUCCCUUCACGCACCACACGCAAACAGUACAUGGCCAACCAGCUCUGAUCCGUCCAGACCAGGUGCCGCCUGAGAUCACGGGCUGCAACGCUACGAACGCACCUCUGUACAACUUUCAAGUCGAUGCAAGCAAGAGAUGGGUCAGUUUCAAUAUAAUAGGGGCGGCAUCUAUCGUCGCGCCCGUCGUAAGCCUCGAUCAGCACGAUCUGUGGGUUUAUGCUAUUGAUGGCAGAUACAUCAAGCCAUAUAAGGCUCAAGGCAUUCUGGUCAAUAACGGAGAUCGAUACGCUGUCAUGGUUGAACUCAAUCAACCGGCGGGAACGUACACAUGGAGGGCCAGCAACACCGCGCUGAACCAGCUCAUCAGCGGAUUUGCAACUGUUACCUAUGCCAGUGUACAGCCAGGACCCGACACCAUUCUGCUCAACCAGACCAGUCCAGGAAUCGUGCCAUUUCCGAAUAUACCUCCUUCACAAAACGUCCAGCAGACUCGCAUCUUUUACAUGUCCAGCACCCGAGCGCCAUACCUCUGGACCGUCGACGCCGACCAAUCUUAUCCCGACUAUCCGACAGUCUAUGCUCAAGACCAGCCAUUGCUAUACUAUCCCAACGGUCACGACGCGAACAACAGCAAUCUUGUCGUCAAGACGCAGAAUGGAACCUGGGUCGACCUUGUAUUUGUCGUCCUUGAUCACUACGGCCCACCACAUCCCAUGCACAAGCACAGCAAUAAAGCAUAUAUCGUCGGGGAAGGUCUCGGCAAUUGGACGUGGAAUAGUGUUGCAGAGGCCGCGGCUGCACAACCGCAGAAUUUCAACUUCGAUACUCCCAUUUUGCGAGAUGGAUUCGGUACGCCGCCAAACUUUGGCACUCCGGCGUGGUUGGUCGUCAGGUAUUACAGCCAGAAUCCUGGUGCUUGGAUGUUGCAUUGCCAUAUUCAGACACAUUUGACUGGCGGCAUGGCGGUUGCAUUGCUUGACGGCGUUGAUGCCUUUCCUGCAAGCUUUCCCACGGAGUAUCAGAACAAAGAAUCAGAUCAGUAG